AUGACAGGUGGAAGUCUCGACAGUCAAAGUUUCGAGUCUCCUCAUCUUGGAAUCAAUAAUCGUAAAGGCUUGACAGCAGGUGCAAGGACAUCACCAAAUUACACCAGUGGUAAAAGUGGCUUCUCCAGAAGCACGAAAACAUUAGGCUGGUACUUAACUGAUGAAUUGUUUCUAAGAAACAACGAUACGCAGCAAAAUAAAGAAAAGAAGGAAACUGGAUCGAGAAGAAAACUUGAUAUCUAUCGAGAAAAUGAAGCUAAUCGCACAAAAAUUUCUGUCACAUGA